AUAAAGAAAUUAAAGUUAAAAAAAAACAAAAAUAAAAUCUAAAAAAUGCAAAACAUCAACUAAACAGAAAUAAUGUUGACAACAAAAAAUUAUUUGAUUGAUGGUCAUCAAGAUAAUGAAAGUUUAGAUUAUUCCUAACUUAGAACUAUGACUUCUACUUAAACACACGACCAUAAUAAUCUAAAUAACUUUAAUGGAUCAGAAAACUCUACUUAGAAGCUAAGAGUUGAUAAACAAGAUGAAAAUAAAAGAGAAAUUCAUAAUGAAUACUUAAAUCUUUUAGCUGUUACUGAUAAUUAUUUUAAUGAUGAUAGCUUCGAAGAAUAAAUUAAAGCUUACUAGGAAGAUCUAUCUUUGCAAAAAAAUGAUAUAAAUUUUUUCUUUGAUAAUACUAACUACAAUAAAUAUCAACAAACUCAUGAAAACCUGUUCUUGAGUGAGGAAGAAAACCUAAACAUUCAAAAUAAUGAUUAAUUUUAAAUGUAAUAAAAUACUUUCUUGAAUGAUGAAGAAAAACUGUUCGUGAAUAACGAUGAAAACCUUUUCUAGGAAGAUCAAGAAAACCUAAAGAUUUAAUUGAAUGGUUAAUUUUAAAUUUAAUAAAAUAAUAAUCCAGCUAAAUAAUUAGAAUAUAACCCUUUUUAUCCACAAUACGCAAAUUAAUAAUUAAAUUAUUUAAACUACCCAAUUAACGCAGAAAAUGAUUUUGAAUAGUAAGAAUGUCUAUUUAAUUAAGAAUCUUCUGAAGAUUAAAAUGAACUUUAAAUUUAUUAACGGAUGGAUUUCAACUACUAAAAUGAAUAAAAUAUAGAAACUCCCCCUAAAUGUGCUGCUCCAAUUGAGAAAUAAAUCAAAAAAAAAAGAAACAGAAUUAAAAAAUAAAAUUAACUAGGCGGAGAUAAGUGCUAAGAAACAAAAAAUUUAGCAAAUAUCAUUUUCAGAUUUUUAUUUCAAAGAGUAGAAGAAUUUGGUUAUAAAAUAGAAUAUAGUGGAAAAGGAAGCAUUGGAUUUACUAAAUUUAAUAAUAUUUUAAUUGAAGAAUUGAACAAAUUAUCAAAUGAUGAUUAACAAAAUUUAAUAAACGUUUUCAUACAAAUUGUCAAUACAAGCUUAAUAAAAAAAGCCAUAAAUUCUAAAAAUUACAAAACUAUGUACGAAAUUAUUAAAUAUAAAGAAGGACUAUAAGUUAUGAUAUAGAAUCCUGGCAAAUUUAAUUCAAUAAAAAGAGCUAAUGAUUACGCAAUUAAAUAAUAUUAAAAAUGA